GGCGUGACAAAACACCCUGGUACUGCUGCUUCAGUACACACAUACAGUGCGCAUACACACAGCAACAAAGAUGGCAGUUUUAGCUGGUAGUUACUCAAUACCUUUAAUUGGAGUAAGCCUUUUCAUUGCUGCUCUGACCUACAUCACCUACAAGCUGCUGCUCAGCAGUUACGUGCACAAAUGGUUUCAGAUGAAGCCUAUUCCAGAGCUGGAGGGAACAUAUCCCUUCAUUGGAAAUGCACUGCAGUUCAAAACAAAUGCAGGAGAUUUCUUUAAACAAAUUGUGGAAAUUACCACUGAGUACUCUAAUGUACCGCUGCUUAAAUUCUGGCUGGGAACAGUUCCAUUUCUGGUUCUGUUUCAUGCUGAAACUGUUGAGCCGGUUCUGAACAACCCUAUUCAUAUAGAAAAAGCCUUAAUAUACAGUUUCCUCCACCCUUGGCUUGGCACUGGUCUUCUUACCAGCACUGGGCCAAAGUGGCGUCAGCGGAGAAAGAUGUUGACUCCCACCUUCCACUUCUCCAUCCUGACGGACUUCUUGGAAGUGAUGAACGAGCAGACCGAGAUCCUGGUGGAGAAGCUAAACAAGAUGGCAGGGAAGGGUCCAUUCAACUGCUUUAGUGACGUAACCCUGUGUGCUCUGGACAUAAUCUGUGAAACUGCAAUGGGAAAGAAAAUUUAUGCACAGAGUAAUUCUGAGUCUGAGUAUGUCAAAAGUGUGUACAAAAUGAGUGACAUUAUCAGUCGCAGACAGAGGACACCUUGGUUUUGGUCUGGCUUUGUAUACAACUACUUUGGUGAGGGCCGAGAGCAUGACAAGAUCCUCAAGAUCCUACACUCCUUUACGUACAAUGUGAUACAUGAAAGAGCAGAGAACAUUCAAUAUAAUGAAUCAGACAGCGACUCUGACCAGGGCACAAAGAAAAGGCGAGCAUUUCUAGACAUGCUCUUGAAGGCCACAUACGAGGAUGGAAACAAGAUGACCCAUCAGGACAUUCAGGAGGAAGUGGACACCUUUAUGUUUGAGGGGCAUGAUACUACAGCAGCUGCUAUGAACUGGGUCCUCCAUCUGCUGGGCUCCCACCCUGAGGCUCAAAGCAAAGUUCAACAAGAGCUUCAGGAGGUGUUCGGUACAUCUGACCGUCCUGUUAACACAGAGGACCUGAAGAAACUCAGAUAUCUGGACUGUGUGAUCAAAGAGGCCCUGCGACUGUUUCCCUCUGUGCCUUUCUUUGGCCGCAACCUUGGAGAAGACUGCCACAUCAAUGGUUUCAAGGUACCCAAAGGGGCCAAUGCCGUUGUCGUUACCUAUGCUCUCCACCGUGACCCGCGAUACUUCCCUGACCCUGAGGAAUUCAGGCCUGAACGCUUCCUGCCUGAGAAUUCAACGGGAAGGCCUCCGUAUGCAUACGUCCCCUUUUCUGCUGGACUCCGCAACUGCAUCGGUCAACGCUUUGCGAUGAUGGAAGAGAAGGUGGUCUUGUCGACCAUUCUGCGUAACUUUAAUGUUGAAGCUUGUCAGACACGCGAAGAGCUGCGACCGGUAGGAGAGCUCAUCCUGCGACCGGAGAAGGGCAUCUGGAUCAAACUGGAAAAGAGAACACCUCAGACUUCAUAAAGACUAGCACCUGCUCCACUUGACAGAAGCAAUUCCUUCCCAGGUCUAAAAUGUGGUGGAUAAUGAUUAAAUACCUUUAAGAAGUGAGGGAGAGUAGUGACCCUGGUGUCAUAAUUACAAAAACUAAGUCUCUAAAUAAUAAACGGAGAUCUUUUCUUUGUUUUUUAUUGUAUUGAAUAGAGCCAAUAGUGCAUGACAGUCUAUAUUUUUAUCCUUCAAGAACACAAAAAUUACUGUACACAUAUAUCAAAUAUUAAAAUGCAACAGCAAUGCAAAGCUUUGAUGCUAUCAAAGUGAAAUUAAUGUCAUACAUUUGCAGUGUAUUAGUUUUAGAACUCAUCAUUUAGGGACAUUGAUUACUAAAAGGAUUAAACAGGGAUCAAAUCGUGCUGCUGCCCUGGUAUCAGUCACUGCCAUGUUCUUAUAGGCUUUACUGUAUAUAUUCUGUAUCUACAACUGAUUUAUGUCCUUUUAUGUGGCAUUUCUGAUUUUGUUUUUGUUGUAGUUCUAGAGGAAACAAAUCAUGUGGAAAAAAAAACAUGCUGAAGAUUAUCGUUGUAUGAUACAUGGAGAAACAAGAGAUUUUUGUGGCAUUGCCUUGUAACGAAAUUCACGAGCCCUUACCUUCAGAAGUGCAGACAGAGCUUAAUAACAACAUUUUUUUUUCAUAUUCAUUACAUUUACAAACACUACAACAACAAUCAACCCUGUACACAUGCAGAAUGUAAUCUGAAGAUUAAUUUUUAAUUUUCAGUUUUCAGUGUAUAACCCUAACUACAUGUCUCGAUGUUUAUUAUUGUGUGUUCGCGUGUUCGCUCAUCUGUUGACUGUGUAUGUUGCUGUUU